AUGCAAAUGGCCUCCCGAUCAGAAAACUUCGAUUACCUGUUCAAAAUCGUAUUAAUUGGAGACUCUGCCGUAGGAAAGACAAAUCUGCUCUCGAGGCUGACUCGCAACGAGUUUAUCCACGACUCAAAGGCAACAAUAGGCGUAGAGUUUGGUACACUCACAUUUAAGAUAGGCAACGAUGUCAUAAAGGCACAGAUAUGGGACACAGCAGGCCAAGAGCGCUACCAGGCAAUAGUGCAGGCGUAUUACAGAGGAACAUCGGGUGCAGUCAUUGUAUACGACACAACAAACAAAGACAGUCUUAAGAAGGCAACAGACCUGUGGUUGUCACAACUCCGAGACUUCUCUCCAAACGACAUUCCAAUCAUGCUUGUGGGAAACAAAGCUGACCUAGAGGUUGAGCGAGAGGUCGAUACACAAAUUGCAAGAGACGAGGCUGUUGCAAACGGCCUUUCAUUCUUCGAAACAUCGGCAAUGACUGGAGACAAUGUCAAAGAGGCAUUCUUCGAGCUGGUGUCUGCAAUCCACAAGCGAGCAAAGAUGCAAAGAUGCACUGCAGACAAGAAAAAACUGAAAAGCGCUAAAUUUGAUACUGAAUGUCUCAAGGACCCAGCCCGUGAAUCUAAAGCAGGAUGCUGUUGGAAUUAA